AUGGAUUCUGUUCGACGCACUUACACCAUUAUGCGAGGACGUCACUUAGACAAGCGUGUUCCUUCCAAAGAGUUUCUCCCUGCUCUGGACAAAGCUGAAACUGCAGUGCGUCUGCCGACUGGGACGGGAAAAGACAUCGGAAAUCCUCCCUGGAAGCGGUCUCUGCCUCACGUGCUCGUUGCAUCACUGACUUCGCUUUUAUUCGGCUACCAUCUUGGGGUUGUUAACGAAACUCUGGAGAGCAUAUCAAUUGACCUUGGCUUUAGUGGGAACACAAUCGCUGAAGGUCUUGUGGUUAGUACAUGCUUAGGCGGCGCCUUCAUUGGAUCUCUGUUCAGUGGGUUGGUCGCGGAUGGUGUUGGGCGCCGUAGAGCUUUCCAGUUGAGCGCUUUACCAAUGAUUGUUGGAGCUUCAGUGAGUGCAUCAACUGAGAGUCUUGAGGGCAUGCUCCUGGGAAGGUUUUUUGUCGGAAUUGGGAUGGGCGUAGGUCCUUCUGUAACGGCUCUUUAUGUCACUGAGGUGUCACCUGCUUAUGUGAGAGGCACAUAUGGGAGUUCUACCCAAAUUGCAACAUGUCUUGGACUCUUAGGUUCGUUAUUUGCUGGAAUCCCGGCAAAAGAAAAUUUGGGCUGGUGGCGUAUAUGUUUUUGGAUAUCCACAAUCCCAGCUGCAAUGCUUGCUGUUUUCAUAGAAUUCUGCGCCGAAAGUCCUCAAUGGCUUUUCAAGAGAGGAAGGGCAGCUGAAGCUGAAGCCGUGUUUGAGAAACUAUUGGGAGGGGCAUACGUCAAAGCUGCUAUGGCAGAGUUAAUGAAGUCGGAUAGAGGAGAUGACGCUGAUUCAGCUAAGUUGUCGGAGUUGCUUUUCGGGCGCAGUUUUAGAGUGGUUUUCAUUGGAUCUACCCUUUUUGCUUUANNACAGUUGUCUGGGAUAAACGCCGUGUUCUAUUUCUCAUCAACUGUCUUCAAGAAAGCUGGUGUGCCUUCAGCCUCUGCGAACAUAUGUGUGGGAGUCUGCAACCUCUUAGGUUCAACUGUAGCGGUUGUUUUGAUGGAUAAGCUGGGGAGGAAAGUGUUGCUUAUUGGGAGUUUUGCGGGCAUGGCAGUAUCGCUGGGUCUCCAAGCACUAGCAUAUACUUCGCUGUCAUCACCCUUUGGAACCGUGUUUCUCUCGGUUGGGGGAAUGUUGCUGUUUGUGUUGUCGUUUGCAACUGGAGCUGGCCCUGUUCCAAGUCUUCUCCUGUCUGAGAUAUGCCCCGGUCGUCUUCGGGCAACAGCAUUGGCUGUUUGUCUUGCUGUUCACUGGGUAAUAAACUUCUUCGUGGGGCUGCUGUUUCUGAGAAUGCUGGAGCAACUAGGUUCGGUGCUUCUAAAUGCAAUCUUUGGGUUCUUCUGCGUGGUGGCAGUUAUCUUUGUGCAGAAGAACGUGAUUGAGACCAAAGGAAAGAGCCUCCAAGAGAUAGAAAUCAGUCUGCUCUCUUCCGUUCAGUGA